AGGUCCUGUCAAUCAUACCCCAAAUCUGCACCAGUCUCCUUGCUUACAAUAUACCAUUCCCCGUGACACCGUCACCGUGUCCGUGACGCGUGACGUGAGCACGUCACUCUGCGGCGCCGUGACGGUCCGGGCACACACCGGGCCCGGCUCGCCAAUCUGGGAGCUCCACUGCACGGUCCACCCAUUGUGACUGAGAGUGAAAGGCCACGGGGGUUACCGGAGCGCGGGGAGAGUAUAAGGCGGUGAUGGAGCCGAGAGUGACCAGAGAGACACCCAGGGCGGUCGUGGUUGGACGUUGGAAGAGGAACGGAGCUGUGGAUAUGAAGCCCAUUAUCUUGCUGAGCCUGCUGGCGGCUGCAGUCGCAGUCCCCGUCAAAGAGGAGGCCGAUGCAGUCCCGGCUGCGUCCAGCAGGAGUUCUGUCUCGGAGUCUGCUGAUCUGGGCCAGGAGGAGGGCUGGUCGCCACUCGACCUGAACCGUGUAUCUCGGGCCCACGACUCUGAGGAACAGACCCUGAGUCGCAGUCUGGACGUCAUCGAGCCCUCUGAGCUCUCUGCCGAGGACGCCGGUUCCUCCGAGGACACCGAGGACAGUGCCGCCUCCGCCGAGGACGGUAAGACCUCCAACUCGUACCUCUCGCCCCUCUACGCUCCGGCUCCGGGCGGCUACGGCUCCGGCUCCGGCUCCGGCUACGGGUACGGUCCAUCCAUCUACAUCCUACCGAUCGUGCUGCCGCCGCCGGGAGGUCACGGCGGUCACCCGGUGGGCCGGCACGUGGUGACCGAGACGGGACACCACGAGAGCCACCACUUCAGCGGCGACUACCGGCCCGUGUACGCCGGGUCAUAUGGGGUUCCCCCGAUCUACAUUCCCAAGGAGUACGGUGUGUACCACGGCGGACACGGAGCACACCCCGUGGGACACCCUGUAGGACACCCCGUGGGACACACCACGGUCCACCACGAGGACAAGACCAUCAUCCGCGACAUCAAGCCGCCAGUCUUCAAGGCCUGAGUGGACAAUGAGUCUUCCCGACCCGCCAGUCUUCAAGGCCUGAGUGGGACGAGUCUACCGUCUUCUGAUGCUAGUAGAACCUACCAGCUAGCAUCUACCAGAAUGACGGGAGUAUAAAACCAAAGACGGGUAGGUAUAGAGCGGAGAGAAGCUAGCGAGAAAUGGAAACUAGGCAAUAACCAAACCCGUGAAAUGAAUGCUACUGCAUGCAGAAAGCGUUACGGUAGGCGAGUAUGAACUAUUGUUAGAAGAUAGUCACCUCAUAAGGAUUGUCAUGCCGCUUUUGUUGUUGUGAAUGUCGGCAGUCGCUACCAUUUCGUUUUCUUGCGUUGACUGAAGUCGCAAUGCAGAACGUCUUUCAUGGUAUCUGUCUUUCAUGUCUUGUAUUGUGUUGGUGUAGCUAAACGUGAGUAGAAUUACAGCUUCUGAGCUGUCUUGGCGUAGUUUUAGUCCAUGCUGUUGUCAUUUGUUCAAUAAAUGUUUUUUUUUAUAAUAA